AUGGCGAGCCCCGCAGCUCAAUCCAAGGCUCAAGCCCUCAACGCCCGAAUGGAGACGGAAGCACGGGUACUUCUGGAUGAAAUCGACAAGCAACACGUCCGCAAGGUCGCCCGAUCGGCGUAUGCCUGUGCCGUUUCUUGCUACGACAAGGCCGGAGCAUCGGGAAGUCCCGAUGCCCUCGAAGUCUGUGUGCAGAAUUGUCAAAUCCCCCAUCAGCAAGCACAUGCCUACGUCCAAAAUGUAAGGAUUUAUUUUUUGUUCGCUCCCAUCCAUAGUUUGUUCCCAACUGCCACUAAGCCCAAUCGACGACGUCUUGCUACUCUCGUAAUUCAUUCUUUCGUCACUUUUCGAUACUCACAGGAAGUGGCGCAGUUUCAAAAUCGUUUGAACCGAUCGAUGCAAGAAUGCCAAGACAAGGCUCGUGACAUGAUGCAGCCUGGAUACGAAAACGACGCCAAGAAAAUGGCUAAAGUAGAAGACGCGCUUAUAUCAUGCAUGGCCAAAACGGUGGACGAGCAUAUUCGGAUGUUGAAACCCAUGAAAGAUCGUAUACUGACGCAAUUAAAGAAAUAA